AUGUUUUCGAAGACGGACGUGUUUCUUUUCUAUUCAUUCUCUCUUUUCUACUUAUUAAAUGCUAAUUUAAAUUCCGCCAACUUGGAUAUUGCAAGGCAAUUUAAGGUACUUAAUGGAUAUCCUUUGGAUUCUCAACUGAAUUUCACGGAAUUGGCAACAGAAUAUGGAUAUACCGCGGAAGAACAUAUGGUAACUACAGAAGAUGGAUAUAUUUUGACGAUUUUUAGGAUAGUUCGCGGCAAAAAUUGCCAAGGACCAAUAAGAAAGCCACCAGUUUUAUUAAUGCACGGUUUGUUCAUGAGUUCAGAUCUCUGGUUGGAUUCAGGGCCUGGCGCAGGGCUGGCGUAUCUCAUUUCGGAUGAAUGUUAUGAUUUAUGGGUGGGGAAUGUACGAGGAAAUUAUUAUAGUAAAAGACAUACAAAUUUAAAUCCGAAUACGAUUGAAUUUUGGAAUUUCACAGUUCAGGAAAUGGGAAGCUAUGAUGUACCAGCUAUGAUUGACUAUAUAACGAAUUAUACAUCGAGUGACACAAUUAACUACGUCGGAUAUUCCCAAGGUGCCUGUAUCUAUUUAAUAAUGUGUUCAGAACAGCAGAGGUACUGUGAAAAAGUCCAAGUUGCUAUUCUAUUAGCUCCCGGUUCAAGAUUGACUUACACAAAGUCCAUUCCUUUUAGAUUGCUAACUGCAUUAUAUGAAAUAAGUGCACCUUUCUUAAUCGAAACAGGUAUUUAUCAAGCAUUACCAUGGGGUGGUAUCGUUCAGCAGCUCGCUUCAUAUUUGUGCAAAGACAAUAUUACUGCAGACACGACGUGCAGAUAUGUUUUGGAUAAAUUAGACUCUCCUCAUCCGGAUUCUAUUGAAACGGAGACAAUCCGUGUUCUCUACGGACAUUUUCCAGCUGGUACUUCAGUUAAGAGUAUGCUAUGGUACAAUCAAGCUUUGAAUGUAGAUGAUUUUCAAAAGUUUGACUACGGACCAGUUGUUAACGCUGAAGUGUACAAUUCGGCUACACCUCCGUCGUACAAUCUCAGUGCAACUACAAAUCCAACCGUUGUUAUAAGCGGACGAAAUGAUUUCUUAUCUGUACCUCCAGAUAAUGAAUGGUUAGUGAAUCAAUUGCCAAAUGUAAUAGAACAUGUCGUUGUGGAAGAUCCGCUUUGGAAUCAUUUCGAUGUGCCGUGGAGUAAAUUGACGAGUAAAGAUAUUUUGCCGAAGAUUACUGAUUAUUUGUAUAGGUACAGCAAAGGAGGGCGUGGCUAAUAAAAAUUAAAAUAAAAACUUUAUUGUUUUUUUCUUUUUUCAUAAUUGCUUAAUUGUCAGUCA